UCAAGCUAUUACUGUAUCAAUGGAUACGAGGGUACCCCGCACCGCUCGGAUCAGAGACAGACAGGAGAAAUAUCAGUAUGAUUUGAAUAGGUGUUAUAUGCACUACUUUGAUUUGAACAACAAUUCGGCAAAUUACACACCACCGGAAACUACUGCGCCACCAGAACUAACGACGAUCAUUUCUCACCAAAUUACUGGCUCAGAUAUUUUGAGUAAAUAUUUGAUAUAUAUAAUAGCAGCAGUUGUUGCGUUCGUCAUAGUAGCGUUUUUUGUCAUCUGCUGUUGUAUUCGACAAUGUACGACUGCAAAGAAAGAAAGAAGAAAAAGGAAAGAAAUAGAGGGAGAGUAUAAGAUUGUAGCAAGCACUUUAACAAACAUAACGGAUUCUGAGGACGGCUGCGCUUACGAGACGUUGAGCAUGAGAGAUCCAACUUAUAAUGGAGGUGUACAGCUGCCAACCCGGAAACAGCAAAAAGGAAAAAUAAAAGGAGUGUCCAAUCCUUUCUCGGUCAUGAAGCGACUCCUGAGUGAGGAUGGAGAAAGCACUGGUAGUACAGACACUACUAUUACAUAUACAUCGGACAACAAGCGGUCACAACCACUUCCGGCCAUACCGGAAGCUUACAAUAACAAAGAUAACGUAAAAGCCAUAGAUGAAUAUACGGAUAUCGGAUCGGAAAGUAUUCGACGCAAAAAUGAAUAUCAUCAUCUCAAUUCGUCAACAAAAGAUUCAUUUUAUGAUGGUAAUCCAUACGACACUUUGAGUGAAAGUCACCUACUAAGCACUGGAGUCAAAGAAAAUAAAACAGAUGAUUACUUUAUUCUGGAAAAGGCGAAAUCAGAUAAUGGAAAAGACAUAGAAAAUCCCCAGAGACAGAGUGGUGGGUACUUUCUAUUGGAAAAAGUAAACAGAGUCGGUUCAGAAAAGGGGUUGUGUAAAAGUAGUUCUCAAGGAGUUAUUAUUCCAUCGGAAUCUGUACGUGCGCUAGAAAAUAGCUUGACUGCUAAAUAUAGUGAUCAAAAUGUUGCUAAUGAGGCAAGGACCGUAAAUCAACGACUAGUCAGUGAUGAUUCAGAUUUAACAGAUUCUAUCACAAAUAAUCAGGGAAGUGAAAAUCAGAACAGAGCAAGCAAUGCAUAUUUUACGCUUUCUAAAGAAAGUGAUUCGAACAAGGUGGAACCCACUCCCCCUCAAAAUGAAUAUCUAGACCUUGAACAACCUGCAGGCAUUUCUAAUCGAACAUCAUAUUUAGAACCCUCUGAAAUCCAAAGACACAGCUAUGUUGAUGUUGUGGCGGACUUCUCUCAAGGUAAAAGUAAAAAGGGAGGUACAAUACCGGCCUACGCAGUGGUGAAAAAGUGAACUUCAGUCAGAUGUCCUUAUACUUGUAAAUAAACACGAACUGCUGUUUUCUGAUAAUACAGGGGGCUAGCGUAUCAGAGGAAAACGGCCCUUAAUGAUAGCAAUCCACUAAAGGGGAAACAAAGACCUAUUUUCUGACAAAGUGGGUUGUACUUUUACUUUUAUAAGAGGAGCUUUUUGCUUGUUAUUUAUACGAAAUUCUUUUUAAGUGAAAGAUAUGCUAAGCAGUUAAUUCCCUCCCUGCACGAUACGAAUGUCACCAUAAGUAUGUCGCUGAACAUUUUUUUAAAGUGGGAUGGAGUUUUUGUUGGAGAGCAACAGUGCCCUUAUGAUUAGUACUUAAAAUUAAAAAGUAACGUUGUUUAAUUUGAGAUUAAAGUACGCUUGUAUGAAUGCUUAUUAGGAAACCAUAAAUAAAUAUUAGAGUCUG